AUGACGCUGAGCAAAGUGCAUAGGAUUCUGGCUUUCGAUCAGUCGCCUUGGAUGAAAGUUUUCGUCAGCUUCUGCACGGAGCAGAGGAAGGCCGCGGCAAACAAUCCCUUUGAAUCUGACUUUUGGAAAAAAGCGAUUAAUUCUUGCUACGGGAAAUUCCUCCAAGACAAAACAAAGCACAUCAAUAUGAGUCUAGUGUCGGACAAGAGAAAAUUCCUAACAAAAACGAGCAAACCGAAUUUCAAGUCGGUUACCAUUUACAAUAGGAAACUGGUAGGCAUACAAAUGAAACCCCGCAGUAUACUUCUGGAUCGUCCCAUCACAGCGGGAAUGGUCUGUCUCGAAACAAGCAAAAUGAAAUUGUACAAAAUGCACUAUGACUUCAUUAAGCCAUUGUACGGGGACCGGUGCCACCUGUUGAUGACGGACACGCAUAGCCUGCUGUAUUUCUUGGAAGAAUAUGAGGGGAACGUGGACGAGGACUUCUUCGCGAACCGACGCUAUUUCGAUCUGUCUAAUUAUCCGAAAGACUCGCCCUACUUCUGCGAAACGAACAAAAAAGUUCGAGGUACUUUCAAGCGAGAGGAUGCGUGCGAUCCCAUUGUGGACUUUGUUGGUUUGCGUGCCAAAAUGUACAGCACAAGACAUCGGUCGGAGGCAGUCACCAGCAAGGCCAAGGGUUUGCCCAGAUGCGUUAUGCAAAGCAUUGGCUUUGAGCAGUACUUGGGAGAAUAA